AUCAUUUCAACAAUUAAAUAGAAAUUUUAUUUUCAGAUUUUAAUAAAAAAUACAGAAUAAUUAAAAAAAUUUGAAAUAAAAAGAAAAAAAUUCGAAAAACUCACUUAUAUAGGUAGAUUAGAAACCAAAAAACUUGCAAAUGCUCAGAUCAAGCCCAAAUCAACAGCUAAACAUAGCAGAUCUGCAAAUAUGGUAUAUGCUUAAACUGUCGAACAAAAAAAAAAUUGUUAGGCUGCAGAAAAAAAAAAAAAAACAUCAGCAAGAUCGCCGGCCUAAAACCGACUGAAAAGAGUUAUAUACCUCGGUCGCUGGCCAGAGAUUGGAGGAGGAGAAGCUUGCAGCGGAGAGGAAGAAAAAGAAAGAAAAAACAGAGGAAAAUUCCAGAUCAAAUGCAGAAUGGGGGGGGGACGGCCGAGACACGGGGAAGAAGGCUGCAUGCAACCUUAUACAGACCGAUCCCGGUCUGAAAAACAUUGCAGGUGGGCCCCAGAGUCCAAUCAACUCAGAGAUUCCCUAACCCAAUUUUCAGACCGAUACCGUGGAUUGUAGACCCGUGGUGAGACGAGUGAUGGGGUUAUAUAAGGGACAAUUCUGAUUCAUGUUGCCUGAAUUUUCUCAUCCAUUUCGAUGAGAUGGUGAUCUGAUUGUUCUUGUUUCCUGCCUUUAUACUCUGUGUGAAGUUGUGAAAGUAAUCUUGCUCGUUAUGUCCUGAAGACCUUGUUUUGAAACUUGGUCAUUUCUGAUAGUCUGCACUUGUUUAGACUUGUCACGUGAAUAGAAUUUUCGUAUGCUCUUUUGCCACAAUGUUGAAAUCUGGGGAGUUGUAAAAAUCUUUUGUUAUUGAUCUUGUUGGUCUCUACAGCCUAGCUGGUUGAGAAGUUUGUUCUGUUUGUCACAUGACCAGUGGAGGAUGGGUAAACCCUCUACUUUGCAAGAGAUUCCAGGCUAUUUUAGCAAAUGUUGUGUGUUUUCUAGCUACAUUGGCAAGUUGUCAUAAAGUUAAACUCUCUAUUGCUGCCAAUCUCUACAUUCUUGAUACUUGGAAAUUGCUUGAAACUCUUGAAAUCCAUCUUGAAUCUUUCUUGAGAUUGCUUUGUACUUGUUCUUGAAACUAAAAUCCAAAAAUGGAUAAUGAUUAUUGAAAUCCUCAUUAUCUGGAUAGUUGUCUGAAAUUAAUUCUUGCACUGUUCUUGAAAUCUAUUUUGAAUUGUCCUUGGAAACGUUCUUGUUCUGACUCUGCUCUUGUUCAAAUUUUGUAUACUGCUCUUGCUUGAAUCUUGAAUAUUUUGCUAGUUCUUGUUUCAGUAUACCUGUUGAUCUUCUUGAUUCUUGGUUUUUGUUCAUAUGGACACCUCUUUAGGAGGGGUGACGAUUAUCAGAAGAUACCUAUAUGAGGUAUUCUAAAUUCUUGUCUCUUGCAAGUGUUAAUCUCUGUAUUCUUGAUGCCUUAACUUUGACUUGACUCUAGAAUGAUUUGAUUGUAAAUCUGUUUAGCCUCCAUGAGCUACAAGGUGAAGGGGUAGUCUUUGAAAUACCUGAUGUCCUAGAGUUUUGUUCCAAGUGAAAUGGUUCCUUGAUCUGGCUGCUUGGAUUUUUGUUUGCCCUUUUAAUUAGAAGACAUGAAUCUUCUAAGCAUCUUGAUUCCAGCCAUUGCUUUGUUCUGUUAAUUAAUUCUAGUACUUGAAGUGCUAGAUCUUGACAUUCUAAUUAUAUCUGCUCUUGAAUCCGUGUUCUGAUUGUCAUUAUUGGAAUCUCUUGUGGGCUUAAUUUUUUGAAAUUCUAUUGCUUGUUUCAUGAUUAGCUCGUCUCUCAAUUUUGACUGCUUGGUUAAAUUUGAUCUUGAUUCUUGGUGAAUGCCAUUUUGUUGUUGAAUUUUGAGGCAUUCUACCUUGCACUCUUAUGUUCCAAGCAUUCAUAUUUUCUAUUGAUUUUAUUCUGUUGCAAUUCUUGAGAGUCUUCCAUGUCUUUCGAUGGUCUUAGCUUUUAACUCUUGUUAAUUGCUAAAAUUUGUUUCUUGAUUCCAAUUGCUUUGUUAAAUAUGACCUUGCCUAUUGGUUAAUCUUGUUUUGUGGCAAAAUGUAUAAGGCA